UGGUUGUUUGGCACUUGGAAGAAAUCACAGUGGCUAAUAAUCAAAAACGAGAGUCCGCCCGUGAACAUCCACAUUUACCUAUCAUGUAGUAAGUUUACCAUCGCAUGAUGGAGCGAGCCAACGUAGAAUGAGGUGCGCGCCUACGUUCCUAUUUUCUAUGUCGUCCACUGUGGAUGUCCCUCGCCCGGCGACUGGGCAGCAUGUAAAGCCCAAUUGCCCCCUAGAAGGUACUCCCCUUCGUCAGCCUUCUCUUCCACCCCCUGCCCCUCGCAUCUCCUCCACCGUCUCCCGCUCCCACCCGCACAAUCCUCUCCUCCCGCUUCGGCACAAUCAGCGCUCCUCCCCCUUCCCUCAACCUCCGCCGAAUGUCGUCCUCCCCCAACGCCCCACCCUCCUCUCCAACCUCCUCCCUCAUCGCAGCCGCAAAGUCGAGUAUACUCCGCAGCAGCCCCGGCCGCCGCCCCGCCCUGUACAUCCGCGACUGCGUCCGCACAUCCAUCCACAUCCCCGCCAUGAUGCAACUCCACACGAAGUUGAAGAUGGACACCAUGAACAGGAAGAUGUACGAGAAGCCCCACUGGUACGUCUCGCUGGGCUUGCACGAGCCGCGCGCGUGGAUGAAGUCCGCGGGAUAGUACGGGGCCUGGCGGGCGGCGGUGGUGCCGGGGGUGAGGGUGUAGUAGGGCUGUUGAAGACAAAGGUGCUGCUGGUGUUGCGCUGGACGGUGCGUGUGAGGAGGGAGUCUGGCGGGAGGAUGGUGGACUCGAAGGCGGGGCGGCCGGGGAAGACGUCGAGGUAGUACCGUGAAUCUGGGCGAGGGUCAGUUCGAUGCGGGAAGAUGGCUGGCUGGGGUUGUUCGUGGUACU